UCCUGGUUAAUUUUUGGGGACAUUCUUCAGCUUUCAGUCGAUCGUAGGGGGUUUUUUUUUCCUCCGGCAAACCGGCUGCUUUCUGGUGUGUGCUGCCUUGUUUUUUGGAGAGCAGUUCUUGUGCCUACGGUUUACCCCAGAGGAUCGAGCAGUCUGUCUGUCAUUAGUUUCCGGUGUGUGUUUGUGACUCUGGUAACAUUGAACAGGAAGACAGACGCAGAGAGACGUCUGAUUUUAGAGAGGAAACUGCUGCGGCUUCUUCGUCAGCCUCAGAAUGACUGAGUUCUGGGUUUGUUUCAGCUGCUGCAUUGCAGAGCAACCACAGCCAAAACGGCGACGACGGAUCGACCGCUCCAUGAUUGGGGAGCCAACAAACUUUGUUCACACCACACAUGUAGGCUCGGGGGACAUGGGCCUAGGAUUGGCAUCAGUGGACCUUGUUCAGGCCCAGAUGAAAUCUAAAGGGGGCUAUGCACAUGGAGGUUCUGAAGGCUCUCAGUUGUAACGAGCUCUUCAGUCUUGUGGAAACUACUGUUCAUAUAAGGAAGACUUUUCCAAAAAAAAAAGCAGUGCUGUCUGUAAUGGACACAGGACCAAAAGAAACUACUGCUUUUCCAUGAUGUUGUGUAUAUAUUUUUAUUUUUCCAUUCCUUUUUUUUUUUUUUUUUUUAAUGAAAGCACUGCUAUCCAUUUGCUGCCAUACUGUUGCACUGUAAAGAAUAACUGUUAAGAGUAGAUAAGAGGGUUUAGAAAGCUCAUGAUCUCAGUCAGGUGUAUGCUUGUGUGUAUGUAUGAGGAAAAUGUUUUCAAAAUGAUUUGCUAUUGUAGCCCAAUUGGAUGCCUGUAUUUAUUAUUUGAUCUGUAAACGGACCUCAUGGUGGCUGGGCCACGCUGGAGAUUUGGAACAUUCAGUUUCCGUCUUUAUUCUCAGAGGUUUAUCAAAGGACAGGUAGAGGUAGCAACACAAAAAUGUUUUUAUUCUGAGAAAUACUCACCAUUCUCUGAGUUGCUUUCAGGGUUAAAAAUAGCUGUUUUGUAAUAAACUUGAAAUGAGUAGAGUACACUGGAUCAUACAUUGUACACUCACACUUGCUUAGGAGUUUCUCAUAAUUUCAAUAAUUUUUUAUACUCAUUUAGAUGGAACCAUAUAGAAUUUUAAUAAAACUAUGAACAUCCUAAUCUGCCUUCUGAAGUCAUGCUCGUUUAUUUGUUUUACGUGUCCAAAAUAGAAGCUUCACAUUGCAAGUACUAAGCUUAGCUUUUUAUAGGAGAUAUUUUUAAGUACAUUUUCCUCAUUUUAAGGCACCAACUGUAGACCAAGACAUCAACUUAGAAGUAACCACAAAUGUGGGUUUGCAGAAUUCACACACCGUACUAGUCAAAUGUUUGGACACACUUUUCCCAUUCAGCUUUAAUUGGAAAGUGUGUCCAAACUUGACUGAUACUGUACUUGUUCACAAACUGGUUUGUUGUAACUGAUGGUGUCCCUCGCCAGCACACCCUCAAUUCUCUCAUUUGUUUGCCUCUCAUUUGUAAACCCAAUUUUUUUUUUUAGAUGGUCAUGGGUGACUUUGUCACCCUGGAGGGUCCUGAGUUCUUUGUAAACUCUAGUGCCAUGGCUCUUAAAGAUCUUAAAUGGACUUAAACAUCAUGUGACCCACACUUGCUGCUGAGUUUGCAAAAAACAACAAAAAUUGUAGUUGCUUCAGUUUCAAAUGACUAUUUUUAAGCACUGUUAAUUUAAUUAAAAUUAUUAAAUGUUUUAACCCAAAUUUCUGUAGAUUAUUUCCGUAUCUUUAUUUCCCUUCAAGCACAAAAAAUGUUUCUGUAAUGGGUCAAAGUGAAUAGAUGCAGUUGUUGCCUGAUUACACAUUUAUGUCGGUAAACAGACUGUAGUUAGUUUUUUCUGACAUGAACAUUUUCACUUGUCAGUAUUUUGUCUUGUUAAUUCUUGUUGUCUUAACCAGCGUCCAACAAGAAUGUUAAUUAGUGAUGUAAAAAGCCAGCAGGCCUUGAUCUCCUCAUUCAUCUGGUUGUUUGCCAUCCACUCACAUCCUAUGACUGUUUCAGAAACAGAAUGUAUUUAGUGCAGCAUGCUAUUGUCAAACUAAUUAAGGUACAAAAAGAAUGAAAUCUUUGUUGUUGGUAUCGAGCAUUAGAAAAUACUUUGAUAGAAAGUCAAAUUUCUUUACAGCCUUACAUCUUCUGUUUGCCCAGAUUCUUGUACGGAUUUAGUUAGGCUAGAUAUGGUAAAUUGAAAAUAAACAUGUUGUUACAUUAAUCUGUUUCUUUUUUCUGUCUGUCUUGUUCCUGUGUAAAGACAGAUUGACAUACACAUAAACCUUUUUUUUUUUUUUACCAGCUAUCUGCUAAAUCAUACAUCCUGUAGAAUGCAGUCAUACUGGGAUUGCAGUAUAUUGUGUGACCAGCAGGCUGUGCUAGUAGACUGCUUGAAUGUGACAUAAAUUGUUUGGGAUACCUGUCAUAGGACUUAUUUUCUGAUGACCUUGUAAAUAUGUGGUGUAUAAAAGUGAUAGAUCCAUGAUUUGUAUGUAUUCAGAUUCAUACAUAUUUUGCUUACUUUUCUGUAUAACAUUACAGGGAAGGAACAGUUGGCACAAUGUUUUUGAUUUUUUUCCCCCCUCAGGAUCUGACUUUAUGUAAUUCCCAUGUUAAAGGGAAGUUCAUCUGUCAUUUUCUGCAUUUCAGAGUAAAUAAAUGUUAUCUGUUGUCUGAU